UGAUAUAGCUGACUUGCUUUAAAAAAUGUGGUUUCUACUGUCAUUUGAGAUGUACAAACUAUGGCAUAAAGGGAUUAGAGGCAAUCCGUAAUUUUGAUUAAGACAUUAAUGAGCGAGCUAGGACGGACGUAGUCAUAUAACUAUUUGUUUAGCACUUUUGAAAUGUACAUUGACAGAAUUCGUGCUGCAACAAACACUCAAACUGGACAGUUUUAUCUCAAUCCCCUUAAUCCAAGAUUUGGGACCACACAGCCACAGCCACUCCACUGAAUAGCAGGCUAGUGAUUGCUUUGCAAUGCUAGCAGUUAGCCACUGUCACUGAUUCCUUCCAAACCACUCAUUGUUAAAUUUGCGAUUUCCAACUUGUUGUUUAUGUCCAAUGGCCGAUGAGAAUCGAUACAUUUUAUCUAUAAUUUCUUUUCAUUAUUUAUCUUCAUAUGUCAACGAUUAAAAAGGUUUUGCCAGUAGAUUGUUUUUUAUUUUACCAGGUAAGUUGACUGAGAACACGUUCUCAUUUGCAGCAACGACCUGGGGAAUAGUUACAGGGGAGAGGAGGGGGAUGAAUGAGCCAAUUGUAAACUGGGGAUUAUUAGGUGACCAUGAUGGUUUGAGGGCCAGAUUGGGAAUUUAGCCAGGACACCGGGGUUAACACCCCUACUCUUACGAUAAGUGCCAUGGGAUCUUUAAUGACCUCAGAGAGUCAGGACACCCAUUUAACGUCCCAUCCGAAAGACGGCACCCUACACAGGGCAGUGUCCCCAAUCACUGCCCUGGGGCAUUGGGAUAUUUUUUUAGACCAGAGGAAAGAGUGCCUCCUACUGGCCCUCCAACACCACUUCCAGCAGCAUCUGGUCUCCCAUCCAGGGCCUGACCAGGACCAACCCUGCUUAGCUUCAGAAGCAAGCCAGUAGUGGUAUGCAGGGUGGUAUGCUGCUGGCAACCUGCUGUUGACUUGAUUCAUAAUGAUCGUUAGCUAAGAUUUUGAAAGUAUGUUGACAUGAUCAGUCCAAUCAAAGCUACUGUACAUAUAACGUGAUUUGACAUAAUUUUAUCUGUGGCCAAUGAACUUGAGCCUUCUUGGAAAGGCACUUCUAAUCUAACUCUAUUGCCAGCACCCAAGGGGCUAGAAUUUCGUAACUCUAGUUUUAGACUUGGCGGUGACGUAGUGUCCCCUUGAGUGACAGAACACUGAGCCAAUCACAGAGCACCAUAUUUUCUGCUGACCACCACAGAAAGCACUGAGCUAGGCUGAAACACCUGCAUUUUGGAGCUGCCUUAUUCAAGAAAACAAAAAAGAGAAUGUUUGUAUGCAGCUUUAUUAACUCAAUUAUAUAUAUUUGUUUACAUUGUUUGCAAACUAAUAUGUGACAUGUAUUAAUGCCAAAAUAACAUGCAAAACAGGCAAGCCCUGCCCCACCUGCCUUGAAUAACGGGUCACCACUGCUUGGCAUAGAUUCAACAAGUGGACUUAAACCAUGCCAGAAAAAUGCAUCCCCCACCAUAACACUGUGUCCUUCAUUUACUCAAGUGUUUCCUUUAUUUGGGCAGUUACCAGGAUGCCUACAGUCGGGAAAACUGCAGUUUGGGCUGGUUUUCUCGGGCAGCAUGCAAGCCAAAUAUACAAUUUGUUGCAUUAUAGCCACAGACAUAUACCCCAUAGAAAGGAUUUGUAACCUCUUACCCUGGCAAUUUGACUGCUAAACUAAUGGGUACUCAAGCAAUGGAUGCCAGUCCUGAUUUGAAUGGGAACUGCCAUCUAUGGAUUAUAUUAUCUAUGGUUGGUUGGUGUUGUCAGUUUCCCUUUUGCAGAUUUCAAAAUACAAUCGCGGGAAAAACGUACAGUUUGGAAAGCAAAUGCCUUCUGCUGAAAAGAUAGACCCAAUAGAAUAAAAACAAUUCUCAACAACUCCCAAUUUUUUAGCAAACACCAGCAUUGAUCGCUUAAUCCGGCCAUGCUUCUCACUGAAAUGAAUUUACUGAGAUGCACCGCAGAGACCGCCAACGUGGUUUUCCUCAAUAUUCUUUUCAGUAAAUUAACUCCUCCCACUCUAAAUCCUCAAGCUUUUUCCUUAUUGGCCGAUUUGUGAUAUUCCGCCAUAUUCAAACUUCCGCCGUCACUUUUGGUUGGAUUGAUCGAUUUACUGCGGAUUUGUUUCUUUCUUUCAUCAUCGUUGCUGCUGUUCCAUUAUAAUUUCAUUGUUUUGAAUUAGUAAUAUUAGCUAGCUUCCUACACCCAACCUCUAAAAUGGAGGAGUCAGAGGUGGUCGAAUUAUCUGUGGAAGACAAGCCGAAGAGUCGAAGGAUUUCCUCGAAGAGAACGUCCACCAUCAGCCUAGCCGUCGUCAACUCAGAAACCUCCCCCGCCACUGUCAACAACUCUAAAAAACCUCCACUGUGCAGAGGGAGUUCCUUCACCUUUCUGACUCCAGGAACACCAUGGGACUUCAGCAUGAAGAGGAAAAAUAAAGAGCCCAAGGAUGAUGACACUGUCAGUCUGUCCAGCUUUGACCUCAAAAAGAGAAAACGCAAAGAGAAAAAGGAGGAUGAAGAUACCGUCAGUCUGUCCAGUUUUGACCUCAAAGAGCCCAGUAACAAGCGUGUGCGGCCACUGAGUCGGGUGUCAUCUCUGGCUAACCUGAUCUCCCCUUCCAAGAAUGGAGCUGUCCGACGCUUUGGUCAAACCAUCCAGAACAUGUCACUGCGGGGUGACAGCAAGUCGCCGGGUGCGUCCCUGAAGUCGUGCAGUAAGGCAGCAGGCCCAACACCUCCCAAACGCAGAAACAGCACUCUGUGGUCUGAAACACUGGACGUUCACCAGAAGAGCACCUUCUCCACCAAAGAGAUUAAGAGACAGGAGGCCAUUCAUGAGCUAUCCAGAGGAGAACAGGACCUUAUUGAAGACCUCCAAAUGGCACGAAAGGCAUAUCAUGAUCCCAUGCUGAAGCUCUCCAUCAUGACAGAGGAGGAGCUAACUCAUAUAUUUGGAGAUCUGGAUUCUUACAUUCCACUUCAUGAAGACUUGUUGGAUAAGCUUGCAAAGGGCACCGGACCUAAUGGAACAGUUGGUCAGAUUGGACAGAUCGUUGUGGACUGGUUGCCAGGUUUGAAUGCUUACAAAGACUAUUGCAGUAACCAGCUGGCUGCCAAGGCCCUGUUGGACCAGAAGAAGCAGGACCGGAGGGUUCAGGACUUCCUGCAGCGCUGCCUGGAGUCUCCCUUCAGUAGGAAGCUGGACCUGUGGAGCUUCCUGGAUAUACCCAGGAGCCGGCUGGUCAAAUACCCCCUACUGCUGAGAGAGAUACUGAGGCAUACACCUCCAGAUCACCCUGAUGUACCCUGUCUGGAGAAAGCGGUGGCCAUCAUCCAGGGUGUGUUGUCUGACAUCAACAUGAGGAAGGGAGAGUCAGAGAGUCAGUACUACAUUAAUAAGCUGGAGUAUCUGGAUGACAGGCAGAGAGACCCGCUCAUCGACAACUGCAAGAUCUUGCUGUGUCAUGGAGAGCUACGCAACAAGAGUGGCUCGAAACUGCAUGUGUUCCUGUUCUCUGAGCUGCUGGUGCUGACGAGGCCGGUGACACGGAAUGAGCGGAGCUGCUACCAGGUGUACCGUCAGCCCCUCCCCAUCAGAGACCUGGCUCUGGAGGACCUGCAGGAUGGAGACGUACGCAUGGGAGGGUCAUUCAGAGGGGCUUUCAGCCAGGGGGAGAAAGCUAAGAACGUGUUCCGCGUGACCUCCCUGGACCCGACCCACGGCCAGUCUCACACCCUGCAGGUCAACGACGUCUUCCACAAGCAGCAGUGGCUCAACUGUCUCCGCAGUGCCAUCGACGCCCAACCUCGACAGCAGAGGGCGCCACUCAGAGAUCAGCACAAUGAGGCUACAACCAUGACCAGGGCCAAGCGUCGUUCUUCUGUGGUGUCCAUGUCUGAUAUGGUGGGGGCAGAUGAGAACGUCUGCUCCCAGGUCGGUGAGCCAAUCCUAGGGUGUAAAGGCACAGAGACACUCCCCAGGUCUGGUUCUUCAAGUAAAAUCAAAAGAGAGUGGAGCCGUGGUACGCAUCGCAGGAGGAAAGAGACCGGGGUUUAGGAGAACGGAAGAGUCCAUGGAGGCCAGUGGGAUGUCUACACCUGUACACCUUCAUUCAUUUGUAUUUUUACUGUGUCUUCUUCUAUGGUGUUAUGUUGGACUUCUUACUUGUGAUAUUAAUGUGUAGGCUACUCGUGAAUUUCCAUGGCACCUGUCUGUCAAGUAGUGAUUUUGCAUAAAAUAAUAUGUCUGACAAAUAGCAGUGAUGUACCAUGACGACCAUGUAGCAGCUAUGUCAAAACUGUCCAAUCACAUCCGUCCAGUGUGCACUGCAAACCAAUAAAACUGAAGAGUUCUGUAAAUUUCAGGAGAAAAAAAAGUUUUAGAAAAGAUUAUUGGUUUACUUUACAAGGGAAUGAUAUUUGCCAACCAAUGUGACUGAAAGUGGUUUACAGCGGUUAUGAGAAUUAGGAUUUUACACUUUUUAUGUUAAAAUGACUAACUGUUUUUAUACAAAAUAGCACUGUUUUAGCUCUUAGAAUAAGAAUAUAUGUUGCUUGGAACUGGAAUUUAUUAACCACUUGAUUUGAUAAGUCAUUAUUUCUACAGGGUUGGUCAGUGUGUCCUUCGUUACUAUUAAAAAGGCCCGUGCUGGCUUCGUUGAGCCGUUUCUCUGUGUCCCAAAUGACAGCCUAUUCCAUGUAUUUUUUUGGUUCGGAGCCCUAUGUGGCCUGGUCAAAAGUAGUUACACUAUAUCGGGUAUGGGGUGCCAUUUUGAGACUGGAGCCUCUCUUUCCAUGCAGCACCAUGUGUUGAGGUUGAUCUUCAGUAGUGUACACAGUGCAGACCACAUGCAAAUAUUAGUCAACUGUCUGAUGUGUUGUUGUGGAGACAAAGGUGACAAAGGAUGAAAUGAGUAUGUUGUUAUGAGAAGGCUCGGUAACUUGUGUGCCGAUUCUCUACCCUCCUUCACAAGGAAGUGUUCACUCUCACACAUUUUAGAAGUCUUGGAUUAGUGUAAGUACGGCAGAAGGGGAGUUUCUAACAUAUUCCUUAAACCAGCCCGUUCCUUUUAAAUCCGUGAAGGAGAGAAGGGUAGAGAAUUGAACCGCAACUGAGUUGUAUUAAUGGUGGGAAAGUAAAGGUUUCAGAAUGGGUUCUCUUGAGAACUGGAGGUGAGAGAAGCAUGAAACUGCAUGAUCAACCACAAGUUAUGCUGUGUGCAAAGAGAGGGGAAAAAGUAUCACUGGAAUGCUUUGUAUGGAUAGUGAAAAGGGAAAGACCAAUUAAAGAUUAUCCGAGGGGAAAUCUGUGAGAAGCUACCUGUGUGUGUCUGAUAUUUAAUUCCUUUUCAAUUAAAAAUAAAGAGCUUCGAUGCUGUGAGA